GGGUGCACCUUAGACCUUCAAGUCAUCGCUCCAUCAGCUGAUCAGUUUAUUUGUUCACUUGACUGAUUCUUCAGAGAAAAAUGGCUGCCAACUCACCGAAAGACAAAGUCUCGCAGCGUCUGCGUGUCAUGGGCAGUCUCUUUGUCAUCAUGCUUGUUUUCAUCAUCACCGCUGUCCUCGUGAAAGUUCCUCUAGAGCCCUUCCACUUCUUCCUCAGUACCAUGGUGAAGAUUGUCAUCAUCAACUCCUUCGGGGCUGUGCUACAGGGGAGCCUUUUCGGGAUGGCUGGAUUGCUCCCAGCUUCAUACACAACUCCCAUCAUGAGUGGUCAGGGACUCGCUGGGACCUUUGCCGCCUUCGCCAUGAUCUGCGCCAUAGCAAGCGGUUCGGAGCUUCAGGAUGCAGCGUUUGGGUAUUUCAUCACAGCCUGUGUGGUUAUUUCUUUGUCCAUUCUCUCCUACAUCCUGCUGCCCAAACUGGAGUUUUUCCACUUUUAUCAGGAGAGAAACACAAAGCAGAUCUCUCUGGAGCAGAAUUCGAUCAGCCUGAUGAACAGAGAUGCAGUAGCUGAUCAGACGAAGCCUCAGGACGUCUCCAUGCUGAAAAUCUUUAAGAAGAUCUGGAUUUUGGCCCUGUCAGUGUGUUUUACCUUCACUGUAACCAUUGGCACAUUUCCCGCCGUCACUGCCGACACCAAAUCCACGCUCAGUGACGGAGGUUCCUGGGACCAGUACUUCAUUCCUGUCAGCUGCUUCCUGCUCUUUAACCUGUGUGACUGGGGUGGGCGGAGCUUAACAGCCAUCUUGAUGUGGCCAGGAAAAGACAGUGUGAUACUUCCUGCAUCCAUUGGGUGUCGCCUGGUCUUCAUCCCUCUCUUCAUGCUGUGCAACGUUCACCCUCGUGCCCACCUGCCAGUCGUUUUCCAUCACGACUGCUUCUUUAUCCUCUUCAUGAUCCUCUUUGCCUUCAGUAACGGGUACCUGGCAAGCCUCUGCAUGUGUUAUGGUCCAAAGAACGUUCUUCCUCAUGAAGCAGAAACAGCUGGAGCCAUCAUGGCGUUCUUCCUCUCUCUGGGUUUGGCGUUAGGAGCUGCUCUCUCCUUUCUCAUUAGAAUACUGGUUUAACUGGAAAUGUCGUCUUUCUCUUGGACUAACUGUGAAACUAUCAGUGAACUCUUUUGUGCAGUUCUGGUCUGAGUGGCAGAAAAGCUUCAGUCAGACUGAAACUCCACAGCUCUUCAACUUUGUCUUAAUUAUUUUCUGUUUUGUCCUGAUGGAGGUGCUGCAGGAUUAUUUUCAGUAUUUAUUUCUUAAACAUGAAUCUGUACAAUGAAUAUUCUUUGUAUGUAUUCAUUAGAGACAUUAAAAAAGUUUAACAGGUUAAAAGAUCUUUGAUAUUCACAUUGAUCGUCUUCAUAGAGUUCUCAGAGCGUCACCAUCUGUGAUUUCCAGAUAAAUUAUUUGACUAAACUCCAGAUUUAAGAGUUUUAUUGAAAGAAAUGUGGUGACUUGAUUAGAAUUAAAGUUUAAAGGGUUCACAUACUGACAUACAUUAUGAGAAAUGACUUGAGUUCCACGUUUGGUAAGCAAUGAAAUGACACUGAAAUAAUACUACUAAUAUUACAAUAAUAAAAGUUAAGCAGUAUAAACUGCACAGUAAUAAUUUGACAGUAUUAAAUUGAAGCACUGAGUUAGUGAAGUUAUCGAUGAAGUCUGACCUUCCUCUCUGUUCAUCUCAUGUUAAUAUUGUAAUGAGAAAAAAACUGUGUAUUUAACGUGGAUCCAAAUAAAUUAAAACUGCAGUGUG